CUAAUAAUAAUAAUGGGUGCACAUAGUGUUGUGAGUGCUCAAUCAUGACGAUGAAGGAUCAAAGAAAACGAGUUAAUUUUUGAUGAAGACGACACCUUACUGAAUUAAAUUAACCAGCAACGGAAAGGAAAGGAAAGGAACUUCCUCAAAAUUUGUAAUAACGAAAACCCCAUUCUCAUUCUCACUCUCUCACUUCUAAUUGUUGCCUCUAAAAUGGGUGACAACCGCGAAGACAACAACACCGAAAGCAGCGAUUUCACCUCCGAAGACGAAGGAACCGAAGAUUACCGACGCGGUGGCUACCACGCCGUCAGAAUCGGCGACACCUUCAACGCAGGUCGCUAUGUCGUUCAGACCAAACUCGGUUGGGGCCAUUUCUCCACUGUCUGGCUCGCUUGGGACACUCAUCAUUCUAGAUAUGUGGCUUUGAAAGUUCAAAAGAGUGCUCAGCAUUACACCGAGGCUGCUUUGGAUGAGAUAACAAUUUUGCAACAGAUUGCUGAGGGAGACACUGACGAUAAAAAAUGUGUGGUCAAGCUUUUAGACCAUUUCAAGCAUUCUGGUCCGAAUGGCCAGCAUGUGUGUAUGGUUUUUGAGUAUCUUGGGGAUAACCUCUUAACUCUUAUUAAGUAUACUGAUUAUCGCGGAAUGCCUAUCAACAUGGUUAAAGAGAUAUGCUUUCAUAUUCUUGUUGGAUUGGAUUAUUUACAUAAGCAGCUUUCUAUCAUACAUACUGACUUGAAACCCGAAAAUAUCCUCCUCUUGUCGACGAUAGAUCCGUCUAAGGAUCCUAGAAAGUCUGGUGCUCCUCUUAUUCUUCCUAAUAGUAAAGACAAGACGGUUUUGGAGUCAAUGGUUGGAAAAGACACAAAGAAUUCAAAUGGGGAUUUGAUUAAGAAUCAUAAGAAAAAGAUUAAGAGAAAAGCUAAGCAAGCAGCUCAUGGAUGUGCUAAGAAGGAAGCAUCGGAAGGGGUUAAUGGUAAUCCUGAAACCUCUGUUUCUGUGGAAUCAUCUCCAAAUGCAAGUUUUGCAAGAGAGCAAGCUUCUAGUUCUGCCGGCACUAGUAGGUUAUCGGAUGCUGAUGGAACGAGGUCAAAAGAACAGGGCAACAGAAGAGGAAGCCGCACAGUGAGACAGAAACUGCUGGCCUCGGCUGAUCUCAAGUGCAAGUUAGUCGACUUUGGUAAUGCUUGCUGGACGUAUAAACAGUUUACAAAUGAUAUCCAGACAAGACAAUAUCGAUGCCCAGAGGUUAUACUUGGAUCAAAAUAUUCUACAUCUGCGGAUCUUUGGUCAUUUGCUUGCAUAUGUUUCGAGCUUGCAACUGGAGACGUGUUGUUUGAUCCUCACAGUGGUGACAACUUUGAUAGAGAUGAGGACCACUUAGCAUUAAUGAUGGAACUUCUUGGAAUGAUGCCGCGUAAGAUUGCACUAGGGGGGCGUUAUUCCCGGGAUUUCUUCAAUAGAUAUGGUGAUUUGAGACAUAUCCGUCGGUUGCGAUUCUGGCCAUUGAACAAAGUGCUCAUGGAGAAAUAUGAUUUUAGCGAGAAAGAUGCAAAUGACAUGAGUGACUUUUUGGUUUCUAUCCUUGACUUUGUUCCUGAGAAACGGCCUACAGCUGGUCAGUGCCUGCUACAUCCAUGGAUGAAUGCAGGUCCACGUCUUUUGGAGCCAUCGGUGCCUUCUUCUAAUCACAACCCUGUCGCUAAAACUGCAACUUCUGAGGAGAAUAAUAAGGACAUAGAUGAAAGGGAGGCCAUGGAAGCUGGAAUAGGAAAUAUCGUCAUCAAUUCAGAUUCUAAACCACUCAUGCAUUCUCCAUCCAAGAAAGCAUUCCAAGGUAGCCGCAAGUAGUUCAUCUUGAUAAAGCUCUUUCCUGUGAUACUGCGUUUAUGUUCUGCACUUGCCCGAUGAUGUCCGUGUGAAUUGUUUUUGGGGGCAUGUUCUCGGAACUGCUGGAUUGAGGUGCCAUUUUGUUCCUUCAAGUCGGCCAACAACACCAUAAGGAUACUCCAUGAGCUCUUGCUAUUAAGAAUGUCAUUAUGAUAUAUCAUGUUCCUUGUUUCUUCUCUCAUGCUUAUGAUAUAGGUCAAAGAUUAUGAUGAUGGCAUUUGUUCCUUGUUACCAUUGGACUUGUUUGUGAACAAUUGUUCAUUGUCUUGUAUGUACACUUGUGCCGAAUGAUAUUCUUCUUGAUUUAUGAAAACAUGACUGACAUGCUCCGAGCCAUUCUAUUUUCAUCAA